AUGACAGGCAGUGAUAUUCCAGCUUCUUUACCUGACGAAGUCCGAAAUGAAAUACAACAUGCAGUAGCUGCUGUCCGAGGCCAGCCGCAACAACAACAAUCUGUAGUACCUUUAGCUCAACAGCAAACUGGUAUACCAUCCUACUCUAAUCCUCAAUUGAAUAUUCCAACACAGCCUACUGGUAUAUAUACUAAUCCCCAAGCACCAAUGAUGACAGGUGUAUCACCAAUGAUGAGUACUGGAGGUCCACAAGUUACUAUGCCUACCGGCAUGUUGGGAAACACCAUGAAUUUUGCUAACAGAAUGAUGCCACAUAGUGCAAACUACAAUGCGCCUGCUGGUUUUGAAAGUUUAUCAAAAAACGUAAAAAUUCCCUGGGCUGUCACAAGUGAAGAAAAGAAACAGUAUUCAAAGAUUUUCAAGGCUUGGGAUACUGAAAAAAAGGGUACAUUGUCUGGAGAUAAAGCCAAAGAGAUUUUUUCUCAGUCUGGCUUACCACAAAACAUUCUUAUGCAAAUUUGGAACUUAUCCGAUCCCAACAAUCAAGGCAAAUUAAAUGUGGAUGAAUUUUCGGUUGCGAUGCAUCUUAUUUAUCGCAAGCUAAAUGGUUAUAAUGUACCUGAGACACUGCCUGCCGAACUUAUCCCACCUUCUACUCGUGAUUUGCAUGAAAGUGUGAGCCAAUUGAAAAAGACGAUUUUGGAAGAUAUUGCAAAAAAGAGACAUCUCGCCAAUUUCAGCUCCUCCCCUUCGGAAACACUAUCACCUCCCAUAUCUCAGUAUAGAUCGAGAUCAGUAAGUCCGUCCCGCGCAGUUGCCAAGAAAGAUACGGAAAAUGAUGCAGAGGUGGGAUAUGUAUCAAGCGCUCGUCGUAUGGGUCCAGAUAGAACUCGUAAUAGGGACCUUAGCAGCUCUUCGUCGGCAUCAUCUCUUACUGUCACUUCUAGUUAUGGAUACCGUGGAAAAGCUACUCGGAUUUUUGAUUUAAGGAAAGAAAUCGAGGAGAAAAAAAAGUACAUUAAAAAGUUGGAAGAAGAUUCUGUUCAGAGAGUCGCUAAACCAUACAACGAAUUAUCAGCUUUGGAAAAAAGAGACAUAGAUGAUUUAAAAGAUAGAGUUAAGGAAUUACAGAUAGAAAUUUCUAAGACAGGAAGCGAACAAGGUUAUGAUGCCUGGAAUACAUAUAUCGAAAAAACUGCCGAGCUAUCAAGUUUGGCGGAACAAGAAAAGGCUUUGGAGACAGAAAUCAUAUAUAUGCUUGACGAUACGGUAAAGGGUUUGUUAAAUCAAGUAGAUGAAACCGAAAAUGAUUUGCUGCAAAACAAACUUCAAUCCCUGGAGAAAAAGGCUGCUUCGGCCGGCUCUUCUGCAGGUACUGAUGUACCCUUGAAUAUAAUCGGUACCGGUCCUAAUGGUGAGGUGACAGAGAGUGACCGUAUUCGUGCUAAAGCUAAAGCUAUGGUUGCCGCUCGUAUGGGUAAAAUUACCGGGAAAUCUUCGCCUGGUAGUAUAAAUCUUAAAGCGGAAAAAGAAAAGAUUGAAGAAGAGCGGGAAGAAUUCAAAAUGUAUACCGAUUCCAUUGCUGACAGUUUAAAGGAAAUAGAAGAAGCAGUAAAGACUAUUCAUUUAGAAAUUAGUAUGAUUGGACUAGAUAUCAGAAAGCAAGACCAAGAUCAAAAGAAGAUCGAAGAGCGUGGUCGCUUUGAGCAUGGACAAAAUGUUGCCAAGGAUGUUAAGGAAUUCAUUUCCCAGUUGGCGUAUGAUGCUGCCUUAGCCAAGGCACCAGAAGUAGAUCCAUCGUUUGAAUCUAGGUUCCCUUCAUUUUAA